AUGUUCCCGCGUCUGGGGCGGUCACGUGGCACGGGGGGCAGGCAGAAGGAAUCGAGCGGGAGCUGUGGGCUGUCAGCGCUGUGGGGGCCGCAGAGAUGGCGAAUCUUUUGAACCUGGAAAAGAAGUUAGCAGAAUACAAAUGUGAUACCAAUAAGGCCAUCCGGCUGAAGUUAGUUCGAUUUGCUGAAGACCUUGAGGAUGAGACAACAAGCUUCAAUCCGUUGUACAGUCACCAAGUAUUCGGAGAUGAAGAAUCAGUAUUUGGGUACAAGGACCUUGAAAUCCAAUUGUACUACACGACGUGCAGCCUCACCACAUUCUUCAAUAUCAAAUACGCCCGCAAAGUUAUAGAAAAAUAUGACAACGUUGAGGUUGAUAAUAUUGAAAGUAAACUGUUAGAAUAUAUCCCCACUGGUUACUGCAGCAGCCUUGAUGAGUUUAUCGUGCAGUUGGAAAAAGAUGCAUCCUUCCGACCAUUUGGGUCACUUAUUCACUCGUACACCAUGUACGAUGACAAGGAGGGACUACAGUUAAACUAUGAGAUCUACAAGACUGAUAUCACCUGCCCAGGAUUCAAAGAAUAUCACGAGAGGUUGCAAACAUUUCUUAUAUGGUUCAUCGAAACUGCAAGUUACAUCGACGUGGAUGAUGACAAAUGGCAAUUCUUUCUCGUGUUUGAAAGAUAUCUUGAAGAUGGUUCCCCACGAUUUGCUACUGUGGGCUAUUUGACUGUGUACAACUUCUAUGCUUACCCCGACAAGAUGAGACCUCGAAUUGGCCAAAUGCUGGUGUUGCCUCCGUUCCAGGGUGAGGGGCACGGCGCACAACUGAUGGAGACAGUCCAGAGGUUUUACACAACGAAGCCAUCCAUAUUGGAUAUAACUGCUGAAGAGCCGUCCGAGGACUUUGUAAAAUUGCGCGAUUUCGUACUGGCCAAACUUUGCCAGGAACUCCGCGCCUUUGCCCCCGAUAAACUCGGGAAAGGAUUCAGUGCAGAAAUGGCGGAAGAAGCCAGGAGAACGUGGAAAAUAAAUAAGCAUCACUCCAGGAGGGUGUACGAAAUUCUACGGCUGAGAGUGACCAACAUGAGUGAUGCCGUUCAAAGUAGCGAGUAUCGGCUGGAUGUGAAACGUAGGCUUGCGAUUCCAUUUAAGAAGAACAAGAAAGAGGCAACACGUCUUUCCCGAUUGAUGCCAGAAGAUUGGCUCGCACAGCAGGCGGAGAUGAGUUUGAGCCAGGAACAGGAGUAUUUGGAAGAGUCCUACCAGAGCACUGUAGAACAGUACAGACAUAUUCUGGAGCGUUUAGCGCGAAUCUAAUUAUUUCGCAAUUCUUUCCAUUAUCUGUGUGUGUGUGUGUGUGUAUAAUAUUGCCCCUGUCCCACUUAGGAAACCGGGACGGAAACCUCUGGAGACUUUGCGCCCCGCCCAAGGUUUCCGUGCGGUCCCCGGAGGUCCCCGGGAGUUUUCGUCAGUCUCCCUAACGGUCGAAAAGUGGUUUCCGCAUCUUCUAUGUCCCGGAGAUGAUUUCGAAAAAAAAAAUGUCGAAAAACGAAUUUUCAGAAGUUUUGAAAAUCGUUGAUUUUUUUUUUCAGUCGAAGCCGGUCGCGAUUGAAUCCGGUUGCAGGCGGUUGUAGGUGGUUGUAGGUGGUUCCCGGAGGUUGAAGGUGGUUGCCGGAGGUUCCCGGAAGUUGUAGGUGGUUUCCGGAGGUUGAAGGUGGUUACCGGGGGUUCCCGGAAGUUGUAGGUGGUUGCCGGAGGCACCCGGAAGUUGUAGGUGGUUUCCGGAGGUUGAAGGUGGUUGCCGGAGGUUCCCGGAAGUUGUAGGUGGUAGCCGGAGGUUGAAGGUGGUUGCCGGAGGUUCCCGGAAGUUGUAGGUGGUUUCCGGAGGU